UGACACUUCCGUCGUGGCCGGUAGAUGGCGGCAAACUCUGGCGCCCGUGUUGUGCUUCCUGGUCUGUUCCUGGCAGACACGCACUGGAUUUGAAUGGUGCGGGCUGAGUUCCUGGGGCAGGUCGGGCGGUGGGAAGAGCAUGGCGACUCCUGAACUACCCUGUGACACCCUGGAGCAGAGAAAGCACGAGGGGCAGAAUCUCUACUACCAGAUCUACGUGAGGAAGAUGCAGGAGCUGCCACCAGACGUGCACAGGUUCUGCGACCCCGAGUUGUCCGCCCCCCGCAGGAAGGAGCUGUUGCACUUACUCAGGAGCCUGGAGGAGGGGUCGAGCUGUCAGCGGCUGCAGAUUCUCUUCUCCUUCUCUGUGCCCUGUCCCAAAGUGCUGGAGCUGAUCUGUGCCCUGCGGGUGCCCCUGGUGUCUGCUGGAGCUGGCACUGGAUACUGGGAGUUUUUGCUGCAGAGUCGUGGCCUUGAUGUGGUGGCAUUUGACCAAAACAACAUUUUCCCACCAGAAAUGCGCUACACGGAGAUCAUGACUGCAGGGCCUGAGAUCCUUGAGCUGUUCCCAGACAGAGCUCUGCUCCUGGCAUGGCCUGAUGCAGAUGAGUCGUCCAACUUUUCCCGUGACUGCCUGACCUACUACAGGGGUAAAAUGGUAUUCCAUGUUGGUGAACUUCUGGGAGAGACCGUUUCCUCAAAUCCAUGGGGUCAGUCAUCUUCGCGUGACUUCCAGCUUGGCCUUGCAGAGGAGUUUUGCUGCGUGAAGAGGCUACAGUUACCCAACUGGCCCGGCCAAGUGGAUUCAUUCACCGUAUGGAAGAGGAAAAAUCCCCAGUUGGUGCUGUGUGAUGGCGCUCAUUUCCAGUAUGUGGAUACACGACUAGAGGAAGUUCAGUAGUUGUAACACUCUUGAUAUGCUUCCAGAGACAGAUCACUUAUCAUAAGAGAGGUCCAAGGACAUGGCAUGAAAACAUUCAGCCCCACUACUGUAAUCCCAUUCAUGAAUGGAUCUUCUAUUAUUGAAUGUGUUUGUACUAUGCAGACUGUUGCUGUGGAGUCCAUGUACCAGUGUUACCAGCAGUAGCUUAUUGCAGGAAUUCUACCCUCUUGUGCUGGAAACCAGCAGAUUCAUGUGUUUGCAGAACCAAUAUUUAUAUGUUGGACUUUUUGAUAACAAAAUGUUCAAUGCUGGAUAUUUGUGAGAAUUUGUAAUUUUGUUCUUGUCUAUGAACUUGGAUCGCUUCAUACAGCUUAACCUUUUUGAGUGUGCACAUGGUGCUCCAAAUGCUUGCAUGGUCCCUACAGAGUCGUGCAACUUUUCCUGUGACUGCCUUACUUACUACAGGGGUAAAAUGAUAUUCCAUGUUGGUGAACUUCUGGGAGAGACCGUUUUCUCUAAUCCAUGGGGUCAGUGAUUGUCGUGUGACUUGCAGAGGAGUUUUUUUGCAUGAAGAGACUACAGCUACCCAACUGGCUUGGCUCCGUAUGGAAGAGGAAGGGUCCUCAGUCGGUGCUGUGUAUAUGAUGAUACACGACUAGAGGAAGCCCAGUAGUUGUAAAACCCUAAACCAUCUUGACAUGCUUCCAGAGAACACUUUCCACAAGAGAGGUCCAAGCACAUGGCAUGAUAACCUUCUGCCCCACCACUGUAUUCCCAUUUGUAAAUGGAUCUUCUGCUAAAGAAUGUGUUUGUACUAUGCAGACUGUUGCUGUGGAGUCCAUGUACCAGUGUUACCAGCAGUAGCUUAUUGCAGGAAUUAUUUUCUCUUGUGCUGGAAACCAACAAGUUCAUGUGUUUGCAGAACCAAUAUUUCUAUUUUGGACUCCCUGAUAACAAAAUGCUUGAUGCUGGAUAUUUGUAAGAAUAUAGCACAGUUGCUUUUGUACUUGUCACACAGAUAACUUUGUACAGCUUGACAUUUUGUGCAAAUGGUGCUCGAAAUACUUGCAUGGCCUAAAUACAUAUCAGCACAAAUGUGGGGUGAGGCGGCCACAGAACCGCCCAUUGGGAUGUAAACCCCAAAAAAAUGUAUUUUGCCUAAUAAAAGAAAAUUCUAA